AAAGAACAAGUUGACAUUAAACAUCACAGAAAGCAUUCAGAAUUGAGUUAAGAAACUAAAAAAGCACAAUCAGAUCCAUCAAACUUGUAACAUUGGGAGUAAGAUAUGCCCUUGUUCCGGCAACUCGAACCUACACUUGACAAAGAACAUCAGAAAAAAAAAAAGUGCAUGAAUAAAUGGAAUCAGGACGGGGAUAGCAUUUCCACGCUCGUUGGCCUUUGUCUCCAAAGCCUAGCUGAGAACAUGAAAGACAUGUGGGUCAAAGAUUAUGCCCAGAAAUACAUGGACCAAUAUUUCUUCAGAUACGUCAUGGGUCCCUUUAGUUCACUACCGGGUGAGCUGCUGGAUGAGCUGCUGUGUAUUCUGUCUUCACGGAAUCUGUUGACACGCGCAGCCCUGCAUCUUCUCCUUCUCCCGCAGCUGACUUGUCUUUCUCUCAAAUCCGCAUGCGGCCUUGUGAAUGGCAACCUUUGCUCUCUAAUCCAGAUACGAUGCCAGAAUCUUCAGUCUCUGGAUCUCAGUGGUGCUCAAAAUGUGUCGUCCUCAGUGCUGUGUGAACUGCUUUAUGGCCUACACCGUCUCAGUUCCCUCUCCCUGGCCGGAACCCUCUGUGAUCAGAGAGUAAUAUCUGUGGUGAGCCGUCAAUUCCCCAUGCUAAAACACUUGGAUGUUUCCCGAUGUCUUCACCUUACCUCUAGCGACCUCCUCCCUUUGGGCUGCCAAGAAUCAAACACGAUAUCUACAAAGGUUUUAAGCAGUCUGCUUGCUUUGGAUAUCUGUUUGGCAGACAGUGAAGGUGAUGCAGUGGCUGCUGUUGCAUAUAUCCUGCUUAGCUUACCCAAGCUUCAAAGUUUGGCACUGGAGGGUUUGGGACAGGCUUGUGUUCUCAUACAGAACAGAGAAUAUGAGGUGACUGAGGAGUUCACUAAUCGAAAAGGGGUGCUGAGUCUAAAAGACUUAUGGGCUAGGAGGAUACAAGAAGACCAGUUGAAAGACAGCAGCUUUAAGAGCACAGAUGGAGAGGAGGGUUUAAAUUUAGAAGAACCAAUAGACGAAUGGUUGUCAUUAGAUGAAGGUCAGACUGAUGAGGUAAGACAGAAAGAGACCGAAGGAUGCAUAGGGGUUACAGAAAAAGAUUAUGUUAAGGAUGGAAGUGUGACAACAUGUCUCAGGGAUGUACAAGGAUUGACUCUGGAUACAUUGGAGGCUGUAGGGAACGUCUGCCCUGACAUUUGUGUCCUGUCAUUGGACUGUCUCCAGCAUAGCGCUGACAAUGAAGAUAGUGCUGACAGCUUCAAACAGGCAGCCGUUUUAGCCAGAGGACUAGGUAGGUUUUCUGGCCAGCUACGCUGUCUUUCUCUUCAGUUUGCUGGUCUGAUGUCUGAUCUAGUUCCAGCGCUUCAAGCUGCAGGCUCACACCUGCUCUCGCUCACUCUGGAAGGGAUUAAAGCUGAUGGAAACACUCCUUUACUGGAGCUCAUUCAUGCCUGUCCAAGACUCACCUCUCUCACUAUUCAUUUAGACCUACCCAGCACUAACUGGGAGGGAAAUGAUGAUGAUGACGAAGAGGAUGGUGAAGAUGAAGUCCUUUAUAAUCUGCCAUGUAUUCCAAAUCUCCAGUCUCUAACACUAAACUUUUUCAUGGAUGAACAACGCAUGAUGCCUGCACUACGUUGGAGGUCUCUGAAAGGGGUGCUGGUGGCACUAAUCAGGGGCGCUUCACUACUUCAGAAGCUCUCACUAAUUGCUGUUCCCUGCCGAUUGGACCCUGUGUUCAAACUUGUCUUGAACCAUCUGGCCAAACCCUCUGGUGCAUUAGACAGCCCCCCACUGCACUGCCUUAGAUCUCUUGGCCUGAACCGGUCAGAUAUCACCAUGGAGACAGUAGUUCAUUUAGUAAAGACUUGUACACGAUUGUCCAGUUUAGAUUUGAGUGGCUGCUGGGCAUUGACUUUGAGCAAAAUCACGAAGUUACAAAGCAAAUCCAAAAGGAGGCGCCAUACGCUACAAAUAACAUGGACUUGAGCUGGGACAGACAAGGCCUUGCAUUUAAAGAGCUGAGUACUUGGUUUAAUGGGAGAAUGAGGAAUUAUAUGCUAUUGUUAAGGGUGACCAUCGAUAUCUUUUAAUAAUACCAUAAGGCAAGACAUGAACAGCAAUGGUCCAGAAUUACUUCCUCUUACAGUUUUUUUUAACACUACAACAUUGUUAGAAAAAUACAAAAAACAGAACAUUUACAUAAUUUAGACAAAUAUAUAUGUGAAAUAAAUAACCUUAAGUAGUUCUGCACCACUGUUGUUUAUGUCUUGCAAAAUGGUCUAUAGCAGUGGUUCUCAACAGGGGUGACAGUUGUCUGAAAACAGUUAAUAAUAUUAAUUUAUCAUAAUAUUAAUUAUCAAACACUAUGAAAAUCAUAUCCUUUCCAAAUGUCUAUAUCCUAAUAUUUAAUUAUUCUACUACUAACCCAUUGUAAGCACAUUCCUAGUCUGUUAUUGAUCUAAAAUCCAAUGCUAAGAAACUGUCAAUCACAAGUUUUUCUUCUUUCGUUACAACUUUAAAGCCAUUCCCAUUCAUACGGUGUUUUAUUGUUACUGCACUUAUGUUGGAGAAAUGAAAUAUCUCUUUACAAUAAAUAAGGGUU